AAGCAAAUCAAUCAGCAGAAUGCAGCGGGCACAACUCACAUCGAAGGUCCUACUGGCAACGGCCAUCCUCUACGCUUGCUUGGCGCCCGCUGCCUGCGUUUACGAAACUGAAAUUCUGGCGUUCCUUGAUGCGUUCCGCAUGCGCAUGUGCCACCCCAUCCCGAACCUGGGUCUGCCUCCCCUGGAUCCCCUGCAGUUGGGUCCGGCCGAGACAGCUGUUAACAAUAAAUACCUAGUGGACUUCACCGGGUCCAUCGACAACUUUCAGUUGCACGGGCUUUCUGAUUUUGAUGUUCCUGUGCUCCGAUUAACUCCGGUGCCGGCUCUGAGGAGCAGCAUUAACAUCAGCUUGCCACUUACUCACUUUGAGUCCUUGUACACCGCCAAAGGAUCUCUGGCCUACAUCCUUAACCUUGCGGGAGAAGGCAAUGCCGAAACCUCCAUCGCCAACUUCUCGAUCCUCAUAACUUUCCGGUUGAGAUCUGUUUCACCUCUGGCCAUUUAUGACCUGCAGAUUAAUAUACAGCUGGGAAAUCUGUAUAUCAACUUCGACAACUUGCUGGAGGAGGAGCGUGUGAAUGAUUUUAUUCAUGCUUUGGUCAACGAAAUGGGAGUGGAGUUGCUGGGAGAUGUUUGGAACUAUGGACAGGGCACAGUGGUCUCCAAACUGCAAACGGCUGUCAACAAUUUCUUGGGAGGCUUUUCACUCCAGGACAUCCUGCAAAUCAUAAUUGGAGGCGGCGGCGGCGAAGAAAGCACACCCAUCUUUGAUGGCGUCGAACCUGACUGCAAACUUGAAGCUAGCAUAAGCAACUAAGACUGAUUCUUAUGAAUUCCUUUUAAACCUUUAUUUAAAAUUAGACUAAGAUUAUACAAUGACAAUUGGUAAGCACUCGAAAUGAUAAGAUUUAUGGUC